UCCUAAGUAUGGGCAUGAGUAUGAAAAAUGCAUUGCCGUGUUCCAGUAUGGGAUGAAACAUAAUAUAAAACUUGUAAGGCUACAUGAAUCAAAUGACAUCUCAUCCAUAAGGAAACUCAGCCAUCAGAAGAGGGCCCUCUGUCACAAAAAUAUCUUUUCCAUGCAGGUGCACUACAAGAUGUUCUCAUAAGAGUUUGAGAUGAACUGUUUGCUGUCUUCUGUCAAGAUUUUUAAAGGUCUUUGGAAGUUCAAUAUUGCACAUCUUUUUAGGAGGUAGAAAAGUAAAAUGUACCAGAACCCAGUCUCAAAAAUAUGAAGCUGGCAAGUUCAUAUUUGAAAGAGAGCUGUUUGGGACUGUGGCUUUUUUUUGUAUCUUGCUAAUGGUUUACUUUUAUUCCAGUCUCCUUAUGUAUUUUAGCCAAGUUUGCCCUCUCCACAAGGCUUCCUGUACCUGAUGCCCUACUCUGUGGAUAACUGAUAAGGAGGUGUGCUCACCCAGACUCUCAUUCACUCCAGCACCUCACUGGUUGGGGAAGAAAAGAGAGACUUCAUGGGGUGAGAAAGAUGGGAAGAGUGCUUGCUAGUUACCAGUGAGAGCAAAAGAGACUUUAAUUUAUUGCCAAUUAAAACUGCAUAGUGAAAAAGUCAAGAACUGUAAAACACUGUCCUCCCUUCCUAUUUCUUCGCACCUUCACUCCUGACUCCUCUGCCUCCUCCUCAGGGAGUGGUGGUCAGUCUGUAACAGCGCUUGUGGGCUCUGCUGAUCCUGCCCCUGCUUCAGCCUGGCUCCUCUCCAUGACCUGCAGUGCUUGUGGAAUAAAGCCAGUAUGGGUUUUCCACGGGCUGAGGGUCCUGUUGGGAAAUGCCUGCUUGCUGCUGUGGAUUCCUCCUGGGGCUGCCAGGAAUCUCAGCUCUGGCAGCACCUCCUCACCCUCCUCCCGCUUUCAGCUUGGUGUUCAGGUGACUGCUGCCCACUUCUUCCCCCCUUCCAUCCUCUACCUGUGCAAUAUUUUUUUGCCCCACCUCAAAUCCUCUUUCCCAGAGGUGCCCCCAUUUGGCAGCUGGACUGAGCCCUGCCCUGUGCUGUGUUGGCUGCAUGCAGCACAGGGCAGCUCUGGCCUCUCCCCACUGAGGUUCCUUAUUAAAUCAAAUUCCAGAUUAAUUUAUUGUUUAAAGGUGGGGGUUUUAGCUUUAAUUUCUUUAAAUUAGUUCUUGUCUUUAAAUUAGUAGGAUGUAGCACCAACAUCCCUUAACCUAUCUAAUUAGAAAAGGAUAAUGUUUAAUUUACUUUAAGUCAGCAAAAGCACUGGGCACAGCUGAAAAGCAAUUUGAACCAUACUGAGUAGCACAAGUGGAAAGGACUUGUUUAACAUUUUUAUCUUGAUGGAUUAUUUCACCUUAGGAACAAAGUUUGCCCUGGUGUCAAUGGAGAGCUUCAUCACUAACACUCAUCUAUACAAGUCCUGUGGGCUCAAACACAGGUAGAGCAAUUAACUCUUAAUUAUUUUUUUUGCCUCUAUUUCUCCUUAAUGAGUUUUUUUUCCAAUUUCAUUUGUCUUCCUUUGUCCUGUGGCUUUUUGGACUGCAUCCUAAACACACAUCAGGAGGUACAUUUGGGAAUGAGAUUCUGUACUUAGGGGAUAGGCAGUAACUCGUCCUACAUGUUCCAUGCUGAAAGGAGAGAUCUCAGCCUGUUUGUCAUUUUGCUGUCACCUGGAGCAGUUCUGAACAACUGUGUGUGCAGCAAUGCUACAUAGAAAGAGAAAAAUGAGCAUGUCCUCCUGGCCUGCAAGCAGGCCUAGGAUUCAUUACCUUGGUUUAGAAAAUAUCAUCAAUCCCAUUUCUGGAGAGGACAGAAACCUGCUCAUCCUGCUUUAACCAGCAAUUGCUGGAUUUUAAUGCGAAAUUUCAGCAACAUCUCUUGUAGCAUUGCUCCUCCAAGGUAGAUUGCACAAGGCACAUACAGGAAAUAAAGCAUAUGCAGAAGAAUCAGUGGUCUUCUGCUGGGCUUUCUGCAAACACUUCUGCAAUUCACUUUUCUUAUCAGCAACCUCGCUCAGUUACGGAAGUUCACCUUUGCUCAUGACAUCUGCUUCAGUAUUCAGGUUCAGUUCUUUCUGGUCUGAAUGACAUUUUGAAUGCCAAGCUGGCCAAGUGUCACAGCAGUAUCUUUAAGCAACUGCAACCAAAGCACUGACAGAAAUAUUCCCCUUGCACUAAAUGUGAGUUUUAAAAGAAACAAAUUUCUGAGAUGGGAACAGACUCAUUAAGAAGACAGGUACCUCUUCCAGGAGCAGCAGCUGAAAUCCACUUUUUAUUUUGAAAUUGUGCCUGUACCAGGAGCUUUUCACACCCCCAGGGUCCUGAGCAGCCCUUUGCUGUAGCUGCCUGCAGGCUUUGCUGUGCCCCCUGCAUGCUCAGCCCUGUGGGGCACUGCAUCCUGCCUCCCUGCUGCCUCUCAGCACGGCUGCACCUCUCUGCCCUCAGCUGAAACUGCUCAGGACAUGGUGGAUUGCAGAACAGUGGUGAAAGGAGCUUCAGGAGACCAUCUCAUAACCAUUCCAGCUACAGCAAGAGGAGAAAUCUUUGACAGGCAGGGACAUCCUAGGGCAUUUAAGGUUGCUGAAAGGAGAGGGCAGGAGGCCUUGUCACUUCCUGCCCAACUAGUGCCAUACUACUGACCCCCACACACUGUGCCCACCUGGCUCCUUGAGGGCACACUGAGAGCAUUCAGAUAUUCACCAACACCUAUUUCUAUGCCAUCUAACUUCAGGCUUCAGGUUUUGGGAUGUUUCCUGCUAAAGCUGGUGUUGGGAAGCAGUCUUGAUUGGAAUUACAGGGGCAAUUAUUUUGGAUAGAGCUGAAAGCCAUCAGCCCCAAAAACUGAAGUACCUGUUUUCCACAGCUGUGAUGCAUUCAGAGUGAAACCUUUAAUUUACUAAUUCCUUGGGGCCAAUUAUUCUGUGGCAGCUGGUGGGGAGAGAGGGAACAGAUCCUUGCUUUGCUCAGAGGUUAAGACCUGCAAAUCUAAAAGCUCUGCUUUCACAUGGUGCUUACAAGGAGCGUACAAAAGCAGGAACUUCAAUGUGUGGGUGAAAGUGGCAGCCUUUAAAUGGCACUGCAGGUUCCUCACACAAAUCCCACAGCAGGAGCUGGGUUGCACCAAGGGGAGCCUAUCUCAGUGCAAGCUAUGAGAGCAGCCCAUGGCAGUGGGGAAGGGCCCAGCAGGUGUUGAGUCCUGGAGACCUGCUGGGCUUUGAACACCACGCCCUGGUUGCCAAGCAGAGCCAGGCUCUCGUGCAAGAGCUGAUGCUGACUUAGCUCCAGCAUGGAGCCAGCAAGGGGAGUGCCCUGCUGUGUGCACCAUACCCAGCUGCCAGCAGGACCGUGCUCAAGCUGCAGAAGAAAUCAGGGCUGCCAGAGACUUCCCUUUGCUGAAGGGCCAAAAUCAGAACAGAAAAUCUACCUCCUGCCUAACCUCACGAUGAGCCCUGUCAGAGCUGCCAUCCUGCUCACGCUGAGCAGUCUGACAGCCGCGUGGAUCGUUCCCCAGCCACGCCAAAACAUCUGGGUGACCCUGGCAGAGGCGCUCCAACAGGAAAAUAUAUGCCUGUCCACAGCAGCAGCGAAAGACCCAAUGUCUACCUGCCUGGUAGGGAUUCCGUUGCAAGCUGGAGAGUUUCCAGCCAAGUCUGAUACACCUAUGCCUGACUCAAGUCCCAAAUCCCAUCACGCACAACCACAAAAUACCCACCAGAAGCAGGCUGUAAUGAUUAGGAACCCCAUAGAAGAGUGGCUGCCAAAGUUACCCAGAGCUGCUCAGGAGCCCCAAGAGUUAGAGCUGUUGGGCUCCUCACCUGCACCAUACUGCAUACACUUCUUCUUUAUCCCACUUUCCAACACCAAACCUUUUAACAACAUCAUACAGUAUCAAGAGGAAUUCACUGGCAGAAGGUGGUGUAAGGUUUUAAGCCAUGUCACAGCAGAUAAUCCAUAUUAUUCACACCCCAAAAGCCUCCCUAAAGGUUUGUUUUUAAUUUGUGGGGAUCGGGCGUGGUCAGGAAUCCCUUCUCAGCUUUUAGGAGGGCCAUGUACCAUCGGGCGGUUGUCCCUGUUGGCACCCAACCAAACCAUGAUUGGCAAAUGGACUCGAAAGAACAAUUCGGUCAGCAAAAUUCAAAUGAGAAGCAUUGACAAUUUGGACCCAAAUUGUGAUGCAGAAGUCUUCCAUUGGGCCAAAUCAAAAAAAGUUGCUGUAUCCCUGUUCCUUCCAUGGGUUGCAGCAGCCAAAGCUCUAGGUGAAUUGGGCCACCUAGAGUGCUGGGUGGUCAGACAGGCAAACUUGACAUCCACGGCCAUCAGCUCCUUCCUAGAGGAUGAGGAGAUUACCAGGCAGGCCAAACUCCAAAAUCGUGCGGCCAUAGAUUUCCUCCUGCUGCUGCAUGGACACGAGUGCCAGGAAUUUGAAGGACUGUGCUGCUUGAACCUAGCAUCAAAAGCACCCAACAUCCAUGCAGCUCUCCGAGAAGUGAAGAGCCUGAUCGGACGAGUCAAGCAGGAAUCUGAGGACUGGUUCAGCGGAUUGUUCAAGGACUGGGGACUCUCAGGGUGGUGGACUUCUGUAAUUAGGACAAUUCUGUUGUUUCUUGUUGUUCUUUUUCUAGUCGUGUUAGCGUUCGGAAUUCUACGUCACAUACUUUUAAAGGCUAUCAACGGUUCGGUCUCCAGUACCUCAGAAGUCACCUGCACAGAGUUUGUGGCCCUAAAGCAAAUUGACAGGCCUGCAAAUGAUGAGUGGCGGAUGAAUUCAUAAUCUGUGUCAGAAAUAGGCUGAUGCUUUUCCUUCUAAUUUUUUUUAACAGAAAAAGGGGAUGUGUUGCAUUGCACUAGAUAGUUAUUUAGUUGUUUGCACUGGAUGUUUUGGUAAUUUGCACUGUUCACAUGAUUUGUAUCCUAUGACCUCAUGGUCUUCUCCUUUUUCCCCCCUCUAAGUGUUAGCCCUAGUGGUCUCUUCCCUGGUCAGUCCUUCCCCCCACCACUUGUAUCCCAUUGGUUGUGGCCCUCCUCCUCCACCCCCCAUUCCCCCAGGUAUAAAAAUCUCCUGCCAUGAGCCAUGGAUCUUCCCAUCUGGUGGUUCACAAGACAAUAAACAGAAGACAUCUGUUCCCACGUGGAGAAGAGCACUUCUGAUCUUUUGCUUUCGUCUACGUAAGAUCGUGUGGGCUGAGGUCCAUAGCUAGCCGGAGCUGGACCCCAACAGCCCAUCCAAGACACGUUCUUACAGGCUGGGCUCCUCAAGUUCCAGUGCUGAGUGCUACUCACCACGUGCUCUGGACCUACCUUGUACCCUGACAUUCCCAUUGCACCCAUGUCCUGCUGGUUGCAGCCCCAGCUCCACUCUCAGACACCUCCCUCUAAGCAAAGAGCUCCUGAAUUACACAUUAGCAAACACAGAGGGAGGACAACCUCGAGCAUACACUUGAAAUAUAGAGGGAAGAGCUAUAUAAAACUAUACCCAUGUGAACUGUUGUUUCUAAACAACUUAGCAAGGGCUUUUCUGACAUGGUAUAUUGCUAGCUUUCCAUUAGGUUUUAGAAAGUACAAAAUUAACCCCCUUGCAAUCACCUAGGUGUGUUACAUCUCCACAGGUAUCUGUACAAACCUGCAAUCCGAAAUGAUGAAAUCUCAUUUCAUCAAUUGACAUUCUGUGCCUAUUGUUCAUUCUUGGAAUACUGUCACUCUUUGUUGUCUCUACCAGUGUGUCUUUUCUACACUCCCUGUCCCUGCUAGGGAGUGUCCCUGCUAUUUAUCUUAGUCAAUCACUUCAACACUUUGUAUACUAGCACAGUAUAAGUAUUCUUUCAGUCUCCUGGAAUUCCCCCCAGUGCCUUCAAAAUCAAGGUUAGUGGAAAAGAAUCCUCAGCCAACUAUUCUAUUACUCCUGAGGUUUGUGGGCAUCUAAACAUGCCAGAUUAUCCUACAUGUUCAUCCUACAAAUCUUCCUCAGUUCCUGACAAUCAAAGAACAAAUUCUCUCUAAUUUAUAUUAAUUGUAGGAAUCCUAUUUUUUUCCAAAUAAAAAAUAAAAAUAUUAAGCUGCUCGGUAUUAUUAGCACUUUCACCACUCAGUUCUGAACCAGCCACUCUCCCAAGAUGUUUGGCUCUCUGUGUACUUCUGUACUGACCUUAGCCUCACAGCUGGCAUGUAAACCUCCUGAGUAGGAGCUGCCUGACCUUUAGAGGCAAUGGUGAGAAGGAUAAGUGCUUGCACACCUCAUUUUUCCACUCAGGGGAAUCUGUUCUCUUAGAGGUGCAGUAAGGCUGGUGACUUCUAUGGGGAGGAACAGGCCAUGAAGCAGCAAGUGUUCCCCACCCCUCUCUGACAACUGUUCAUCAUUUCAGCUCAUAACCUGCUCACAAGCUAAUACAGGCUUUAAAAUGAUUGAUGACUCAUAUGCAAGUGCUUUUUAUUGAGGUAGGUAUAGUCAGGGGACUGUUAAGGAAAAAUAGAAACUCCUACUCUGCUCUUAGUCUCUUGCUGUUCUCUGUUUUCUCCAUUUCUACAGACUCAAGAGCAAUGCUGGGACUGCACUCCCUGAUCAUCAGUGAUACUGCAUGUAACACUGAUCACCCUCUGUUUAAAAUAAUGCAAAAAAUGGAAAAUCAGAAUUCAAAUAAAAUCAA